AUGCAUACCAAGAGUGUUCUCAUCGGCCUGCUAGGCAUCACGGCUUUUGCCGAAGCCUCAGCUAUUCACCGUCCGUUCGAUCAGAUAAUGAACCGACGAGCGACCCGAGCCCUCAACGCCCGACAAUUCGGUGGCGGUCAGUUCGGUGGCGGCAACUUUGGUCAAGGUGGUCAAGGUGGCCAGGGCGGUAACAAUGGCCAGAACCAAGGCAAUCAGAACAACAAUGGUCAAAACGGUGGUAACAAUGGAAACAACGGGAACCAGAACAAUAACAAUGGUGGCAACAACAACAAUAAUGGCGGUAACAAUAACAACAACCAGGCCUCAUUGACAUUGAACCAAAAUGCCGUCCAGACCGGUUCGCAGUCCGAUGGUAACCCAGAUGCAGCAGAUGGAGAAGCGGCGUCCCAGACCGAUAAUGCCAACUUCAUCAACUUCUGUAGCGGCCAAACCUUGACAAACGGUCUUCAGGUGAAGGAGGGUUCAUGUAACGGUAUCCCCAUGGGUAAAAUUCCCUCAACCAACAAGAUGGUUUCGAGUGUUCUGGUCAACCCUCAACACAACGACAACAUUCAGGCCAACCAGGACUUUGAUAUUCAAGUUCAAGUGCAGAACUUUGCGCCCGGUACAUUCACGAAUGCCGCCAACACGUACUACUCUGCGCCUCAGGAUCUGGAUGGCCAAGGACAAAUUAUUGGUCAUACUCACGUUACAGUUCAAGAUAUGGGUAACUCUUUGAACCCUACUCAACCUCUUGACGCCACCAAGUUCGUUUUCUUCAAGGGUAUCAAUGAUGCGGGUAAUGGUCAGGGACUUUUAUCGGCUACUGUUGAUGGUGGUUUACCUGCUGGUAACUACCGUGUAUGCACUAUGUUCUCUGCUGCCAACCAUCAACCUGUCAUUAUGCCUGUUGCCCAACGUGGUGCUCAGGAUGACUGCAACAAGUUCACUGUUGGUGGCAAUGGCAACAACAACAACAACGGCGGCAACAACGGCAACAAUGGUGGCAACAACAAUGCUGCCAAUGGUGGAAACAACAACGCUGCCAACGGCAACGGUGGAAACGCUGCCAACGGUGGAAACGCCGGUAAUGGUGGAAACGGCCGCGGUGGCAAAGGCCAAGGACAAGGCUCAAGUAAUUCGAACACAAAUAAUGGUGCUGGCGGUAAUGCUAACGGCAAAACCCAACAGACUAAGAACCUUGGCGGUGCACCUCCGAGUGUAACAAACUCAGGAGAUGCUAGCAGGCCGUUUGCUGUCAACGGGAACACGUUCGUGAACCAAGCUGCUGCUAAGCAGAGGGCCUGCGAUAUACAAAACAACAAGUGCAGCGACGCAGCGAACGCUGGUGCUGGUUUCAAACUUUCAGAUUGCCAAGCGCAACUUCAAACUUGCCUCGCGGCAUAG